UGAAUUUAUUAGAUAAAUAUUUUUUUUCUACCCACACUUUAUUUUGGAAUAAUAUUUUUUUUUUUUUGUUGAAAACUGUUUGUAUCAAUCAAUCAAUGACCAUGAUUAUAAUGAUGAUAACCACAAUGAGGAUUGUCACAAUUAUAACCAUUUUAAUUAUAAAUGUUUGUUAUGGUGCAUCAAUUGGAAAGGAUACAUCAUCAUCAUCCUCAUCGUCAUUAUCAAUAAUCGAUGGAAUCGAAAAAGAAGAUUUAUCAUUGAUCAAACAAGUAGGUUUAGAUCGAAAAUUAUCCACUGUAACCAAUAGGCAAAAAAUUCCUGAUGAUGAUGAUGAUGAUGAUUUGGAUAAAAUUGAAAAUCUUAAAGGUAAAUUGAAUGGUUCGUUAGUAUCAAAAACAACAAAUAUUGAUUCGGGUUAUGAUAGCGAUAACGAUGAUCGUAUCGAUCGUAUAGAGGAAAAAAUUGAACGACAAAAAACACGUAAAACACAUGAAGAACGACGUGCUGAACGUCGUGAACGACGAAAACAACGUAAAGAAAGUCGUAAAGAACGUCGUAAUGAACGUAAAAAUGAACGUCGUGAACGAAGACAAGCACGUUCAAAUAUACGUUAUUUAGAAUUGAUUGGUCAUCAUAUUGAUCGUGCACAUAAUAAUGCUGAUAAAGAAUCAACAAAAAAAAUGUGGUCAAAUCUUGGUAAAAUGAUUGAUUCAUUGAAAAAAUUAAUGGAACGACGACAACAACAAACUGACAAUCACAAUACUCCUGAACAAGAUAAUGAUCAACAACAAUUAGACAAACAAGUUGAUGAAGAAAUAAGAAAAUUUCAUACAAAUUUUAAUGAUGAAUUUCAUGUUAAUGAUCGUUCGAAUCAGGUUUAAAAAAUUUAUUUUGAUAUUU